GGCCCUGCCCGCCGGCCCCUCCCCGCCCGCCAGCCCUCUGGGAUUCCCGGCGGUAGCCACGAUGUUUUCUCUCAAGCCUCCCAAACCCACCUUCAAGUCGUACCUUCUGCCGCUGCCUCAGACUGAAGACCAUAUAACUUCAGAACCCAGGAUUAAAAAACUGGAACCAGUACUUUUGCCAGGUGAAAUUGUGGUAAAUGAAGUCAAUUUUGUGAGAAAAUGCAUCGCAACAGAUACAAGUCAGUAUGACCUGUGGGGCAAGCUGGUUUGCACUAACUUCAAGAUCUCCUUUAUUACGGAUGACCCAAUGCCACUACAGAAAUUCCAUUACAAAAAUCUUCUUCUUGGUGAACAUGAUGUUCCUCUGACAUGCAUUGAGCAGAUUGUCACAGUGAAUGAUACCAAGAGGAAGCAGAAAGUCCUUGGUCCCAACCAGAAACUUAAAUUUAAUCCAACUGAAUUAAUCAUUUAUUGCAAAGAUUUUCGAAUUGUCAGAUUUCGUUUUGAUGAAGCAGGUCCUGAAAGUGCAAAAAAGGUGUGCCUUGCAAUAGCUCAUUAUUCUCAGCCAACGGAUCUUCAGCUUCUCUUUGCAUUCGAGUAUGUUGGGGAAAUAUAUCAUAACCCAGCAAAGAAGGUGAAUGGAGUAGACCCAGGAGGCGGUGGAGGCAGUGGUGGUGGCAUCAGCAGUGCCAGUGGUCAGCAGACACCUUUGUUUGAAACUUACUCUGAUUGGGAUAGAGAAAUCAAAAGGACGGGUGCAUCAGAGUGGAGAGUUUGUUCAGUCAAUGAAGGUUAUAUGAUAUCUACUUGCCUUCCAGAAUAUUUUGUGGUCCCUUCUUCCUUAGCAGAUCAAGACCUUAAGCUCUACUCCCACUCUUUUAUUGGGAGACGAAUGCCAUUAUGGUCCUGGAAUCAUCCCAACGGGAGUGCCCUUGUAAGAAUGGCCAACAUCAAGGAUGUGCUGCAACAAAGAAGAAUUGAUCAAAGGAUUUGUAAUGCAAUAACUCGAAGCCAUCCCCUGAGAAGUGACGUCUACAAAUCUGAUCUGGACAAGUGUCUCCCCAGCAUCCAGGAAAUCCAGGCUGCGCACAUCAAACUCAAACAGCUGUGUGUUAACGAGCCCUUCGAAGAAACAGAAGAGAAGUGGCUGUCCUCACUGGAAAAUACUCGCUGGUUAGAGUAUAUCAGAUCAUUUCUUAAGCAUUCUGCUGAGCUCGUAUACAUGAUGGAGUGUAAGCACGUUUCUGUAGUUCUACAAGAGGAAGAGGGACGGGACCUGAGCUGUCUUGUUGCUUCUCUCGUUCAAGUCAUGCUGGAUCCCUACUUUCGAACGAUUGUUGGAUUUCAAAGCUUGAUACAGAAGGAAUGGGUCAUGGCAGGAUAUCAGUUUUUAGAUAGGUGUAACCACUUAAAGAGAUCUGACAAAGAGUCCCCUUUGUUCUUGAUGUUUCUCGACUGUGUUUGGCAGCUGCUAGAACAGUACCCAGCAGCCUUUGAGUUUUCUGAAAUGUACUUGACGAUACUGUAUGACAGUGCACGUAUCUCCUUGUUUGGCACUUUCCUUUUCAACUGUCCUCAUCAACGAGUAAAGGAAAGCACUGAAUUUGCUAUAAGCAAAAAUAUUCAGCUGGGUGAUGAGAAGGGCCUCAGAUUUCCUUGUGUUUGGGACUGGUCUCUUCAGUUUACAAGCAGGGAUCGCCUGCUCUUUCACAACCCUUUGUACAUUGGGAAAAGCUCACCAUGUGUGCAGAACGGAGCAGUGAAAAGUUUCAAGCGCUCAAAGAAAAACUACAGCUCGACACUGCGAGGUGUCCCCCCAGCAUUGAAAAAUGGAAUCAUCAGUGAGCAGGAGUUCCUUCCAAGAAGAAACUCUCUGAUACUGAAACUGAAACCAGACUUCUUACAGCAAACAGAGAGUCAGAGUAACAGUAUGGAACAGUACUUCAGAGACUGGUUUGCAAAGCCUGUUGAUUUGCACGGCGUAAUUCUGCCCCAUAUCUCUGGAACACAAAUAAAACUCUGGAAACUGUGCUACUUCCGCUGGGUUCCCGAGGCCCAGAUUAAUCACGGUGGCUUCAUUGCUGCUUUCCAUAAAGUCUCUUUGCUGGCAGAUGAAAUAGACAUGUUAAACCGGAGCCUUCGGCAGUGCAAAAGCAACUCUCCUUUGCAAGGUAACUGCUCAGAACUGGAUCAAGGCAGGAUGUACUUCAGAGCAAAUGGCUUAAACGACUCCUCUGGGGCCCCAGACUUUCUCUCCUCCUCUUUCCCAUUUUCACCUGUAGGGAACCUAUGCAGACGGAGCAUUCUGGGAACGCCUUUAAGCAAAUUCUUGAGUGGUGCCAAAAUCUGGCUAUCCACUGAGACGCUUGCGAAUGAAGACUAAGAUGAUGUGAUGGCCUAUAGAUCCAGGGAGGCUAUAGCAUAUUGUUUUGUCUUUUCUAAUUUAACACUGCUAAAGGCAGCCUUGAAAGCUGUAAUAAUUUUUAUAUACAAACAUUACGUAAGUUUUGCACAAAUAUUUAAAAGCAAAGCGAGUCAGGCUUCAAAUCGCACAAUUUUGUCCUCAGUAGUUCUCAUCCAUGUCUUGUCUGGUUUCUGGUCCCUACUUCUUUCUGUGUUUGGGGGGUUCAACUCUUUAUAUGAGAUGGAGCAUUUCUAAUGAAUGCCGAUGCUAACUGCUGGUUUGGUGUGGUUGUUAAUGAGGGUUGUUUGAAAUACCUAUUUUCCCAGAUAGCUUGUGUUCACUUGGUAACGACUGAACUCUGAGCACAAACUCUUCCCUCAGAUUUACUUUCCAGGCAGAAAACAUGUGUACACAGAUACUGAUGUCCUGUGACUGGAUCACCUUUCAUAUGUGUUAAUGUAGUGUGCAUCCAUGGAGGAGGUGUUCCUUUUCCUUUCUCCCCAGAAUGCAUCCAUCAGCAAUCAGAUUUUUGCUCUUUGUCAUGAGCUUGCCAUUAGGCUAUAGGAAUCAACUUCAGGACAAUGCACUGUUAACCUUAAACCAUUUACUGUACAUAGAUAAUGUAGUAGCUUUAGAAGUGCCUUUAAACAGGAGGAAAACGUAGCAAGAUUUACUCUAAUGCAGCUACCUGCUCCCCCCCCUCCCCUUUUUUUUACAGCAGAUUGUUAAGGUAAGUUCUGGUUCCUUCCUCUGCCUUCCCCUUUCCUUUUGUGGAAAUAAGAGAAGGCUAUAGCUCAGGAGACAAUAGGUUGUUCCUCUCAAAGGUUAAGCCCAUUUUUUUUAAGUCUCAUGAGAGCCUCUCCUUUUCUCAGCACCUCUGAUAUUCAGCACUGUCAUGCACAGAUCCCUCACACCCAGUUCCAGGCUGCGGCACACUUCAGCCCUAACGCAUUUUGGAACAGAGGCUGGGCUGUGAGAGGCUGCAUCUGUGAGGGGUGCUGAUGCUGGGAGAAGAGUGAUCAGCAGUGCCUUCUUUUUUACCUACUAGUAGCCCCCGUGGACAAUGCAGUGGACAAGCACAGCUCUUAAACCUUUGCCUUGUCACUCUCUGCUGGAUGCUGCAUGAAACAAACAAGAGAUGGGGGUGGGAGGGCAGUAGAGUGCAUCAUUAUCUGAAGUGAAGGCAUGGGUGGAGGACAAGAGAAUACUUCUGUGGAAUACGUUCUCUUAACAGUGAGUCUUAUAGUACCUGAUCUCUGUAAAAUGCAAAAGCUACUAAAGCAAUGCUGAGCCUUACUGACCAGGUAAGGCUCUGAAGGCCUUGGAUCAAGCUGUUCCCAGUUACUAGAAAAAAAGAAGUUUUAGAUCAUAUGCAGCCUGUAGAGCGUUUAAAAAAAAAGCAAACAAACAGGGAGGGGAGCAGGGAGAUUUGGAGUUGUUUAUUUCUGUGUAAAACCACACUGGUCUUCCAUGCAGCCUAAAUCAAAGUAACAAGGGUUUUGGAUGUCUAUGAUGGCUCAAGUAUUUAUUUAAGAGUGGCCUUACAGGUGCCAGCACAGUGCUAGCUGAGCCUGCUGCACACAGGUCCCCAUUUUCACCAGGCUACAAAUGACGUGAAGUGCAAAGCUGUGAGGAGCAGUGGCACACUGGGUUCUCACACUGCUUGGUUUGCCAGGGACGAGUGGACUUGUUUUAAAGGUGAGCUGAGGUGUGGGAGGAAAAGGAAAAAUAAACUUCCUUUUUUAACUAACCAGCACUUCCCCCCACCCUUAUGCAAAGAAGCUGUGUGUGGGGCAGGUGGGGGCUUAUGACAUCAUGUCAGAUUGCUUCUGCUCAGCUCCCUGGGAGGGGAAAAAUGUGCAUUCACCUCAGUUGCCUAAUUAUGCUGCAAGACAGUCUGAGCAUGUUAUAUGGUCCCCAAACAAGCUGUUUUUAAUUGCAAGCUUGCUGGAGCAGUCAGCCAACUGAUUCAUUACUCAAAUGACUCUUAUUUUGCUUUUGUAAUGGUUUUUUUGAACUAGCUUACUGUUUUCCCUGGCCUGAUACUUGAUGUAAAGACCUCAACCCAUGUGUGUGGGGGUAUUUUGGUAACAGUUUUUCCUCUUUUUUUUUUUUUCUCCUUAAAUUACAAUUAGAACUAUGGUGUCUUUUCCUUUUUUUUUUUUUUUUUUUUUUUUUUUUCCCUUAAAGGUGUAACCUGUUUGGCUUAAAAGAACCUAGAAUGUAUUAAAAAAAAAAUAAUUACUCAAACAGGGAGCUGGUAGAAUGCAACACACAGUAUUCCCAUGCCUGUUGGGGAAAAAUGGGUGCUAUGUUUAAACAAAUGAGGUUGACUGUAAUGAGACUUAAAAAAUUUUUACCUUUCAGUUCAACAGUGGGUACAGAUGCUGCAGAUGGUCUUUGUAGUCUAUAUGUGUAUGUAUAUGUAUAUAGAUAUACAUAUAACUAUACAUAUAUAAUAGGGGAGGGGAUGUUAAAAAAUAACAGACUUGCUUAAUAAGCAGUUAGCAGGAGAGUUAGGCAGGCAGAGGCUGAGGAGACGAGCACACGGACAUCCCCAACUUGCAUGGAAAGGAUGGAGGGAGGAGAGGAGCCUGCCUGCUGCCUUGUGUUUGCAGACUGAGAGCACCUGUGACUGUUGGUUCUUCCCUCUCAGUAAGUUCUACAGCUUUUUUUUUUUUUCCUUCUUUAAAUUUGCUUUUGAAACACAGGUACUAAAAGCUAAUUUCAAAAUACUCUCCACUCUACACAGUUGCCUUAUCAUCAGCAGGGACUGCUCUGAACAUUUCUAAUAGCUUUCAGAAGCAGUUUUGGUGUGCAAGUACUUCUGUGUACAAAAUCAACAUACAAGUGUGUAUAGAAUGUGUGUGUGUAUAUGUAUACACGUUCUCAAAUUACUAUUUCUGUUCACCAUUUUAAAACAAAACUGUUGAUGGCAUUUGGUUGUUUCAAGAGUAGAAAAGCUACCGAGAAGCUCCUAUUUUUGUCUGUUUCUUGUAAAAGAAAAGUGCACUAUUUUGGCUGGUACCAGCUGUUAUAAUCAUUAUUUUUUGUAACUACACUGUAAACCUUGCAGGGGGUGAAACACAAAUUGCAGGUUGGUAAGAUUUAAGUGUACCUGUGGUGUCACUGAUUACUGCUAGGUAGAGGUCACUGUGGUAGGACAACGUUAUUCCCCAUUUUUACUGCCAAAAAUCAAAGAAAUUCCUUUCAUUCCAGAAACUCAUUGAAAAGUGUGUUACAUGUAAACCCAGGCCUGCACCUGUGUGUGUGUGUGUGUGCACAUGCUGGCAAUACCACGUCACUAUUGACUGCCUUGUACUCGGAAUGAAGAUGUAGCAAGUGGGUCAAAGGUUUUGGCUUACACUCAGAUGGAAAGAAACAUUAAAACCAAAAAUUUCUAACAUUUGCAGCCUCCAGUGGAAGAGACAGAAAUCUGUACCUCAAGUGGCUCUAGGCAGUAGGGUUCUAAUGCUGUUGCUGUGAUGGUGUAGAGUUUGCUAUUUCAAUUGAAACUAAAACCCUUGUGCCUGAUAAUGAUUUACUGAGUAAAGUAGCAGUGCCAGGAAGAUUAUAACAUCCUGAUGCUGACUUGUGAAUGUGAAGUAAAUUAGACUAAAUAAAAUUCAUACCUUUCCAGAGUGAA